CGCGCAACGUAAGCUAAUCCAAACAAAUAUGGCAGCCUGUGUCCUACGACGAGGGCUGCUAUCUACAUUUAGCAAACUCAAUAGAAAACACACGAGUCGAAUAUUAUGCGUUGACUUCAGCGACUUGCAGAGACGUAGGUUAUUGUGCUCAACAUGCAACGUAUUCGACAUACAGCAAAAACGGUUUAUGUCAUCACGGCCCGAGGGGAAGGUGCUGGAGACGGUAGGAGUAUUUGAAGCGCCAAAGCAACACGGAAAAUAUGAAACUGGACAGUUGUUCCUGCACAGUGUGUUUGGCUACAGGGGCAUAGUGCUCUUUCCCUGGCAUGCCCGCCUGUAUGAUCGAGAUGUGUCACCACAAGCAGCUGAAAGUAAGCCUGAACCUCCUGGAGCACAUGGGUCUAAAGAAGUGAAAGGGAAAACACACACAUACUACCAAGUUUUGAUAGACACUAGAGACUGUCCACACAUAUCUCAAAGAUCACAGACUGAGGCAGUUACGUUUCUUGCCAAUCAUGAUGAUAGUCGAGCACUUUAUGCUAUUCCAGGUCUGGAUUAUGUUAGUCAUGAAGAUAUUCUCCCUUACAACUCAACCGAUCAAAUUCCCAUUCAGCAUGAGCUAUUUGAGCGAUUCCUCAUGUUCAACGCCGGCAAAGUGCCCCCCUUUGUUCCGAGAGACACGCUGCGGGCGUGGCAGGAGAAGAACCACCCCUGGCUGGAGCUGUCUGACGUGCACCGGGAGACCACAGAGAACAUCCGCGUCACAGUCAUCCCCUUCUACAUGGGCAUGAGGGAAGCACAGACAUCUCAUGUUUACUGGUGGCGUUACUGCAUUCGGCUGGAGAACCUGGGCGAUGAGGUGGUGCAGCUGCGAGAGCGCCACUGGAGGAUUUUCAGCCUAUCGGGCACACUGGAGACCGUCAGAGGCAGAGGGGUCGUAGGGAGGGAGCCUGUGUUAUCCAAAGAGCAGCCAGCCUUUCAGUACAGCAGUCAUGUUUCUCUCCAGGCCCCCAGUGGACAUAUGUGGGGCUCCUACCGGCUUGAGAGGCCCAAUGGCACCUUCUUCGAUGUGCGCAUCCCGCCCUUCUCGCUCGAAAGCAAGAAAGACGAUACUCCCAACGGCUUCCUGCCAGGGCCCUUCACCUCACUGGCUUAAGGGCCGGCCAGAGCUGCCCCUUGCUACCCCCCCUCCCACCUCCACCCCAAACCCCACCUUACACUUUCAUUCACCAGAUACACCCCCAGCAUACACCUCCACGUACUCCUCAGGCUUCCCUAACUCCUGAUCUAUCUUUUCUUUUUUAAUCAUAUCUGCUUUUAAAAACAAUCAGACCUAUUGAGUUUCCCAAUUUUAAGCUAUAUUCUGAGCCAUAAAGAUGCAGGUAGUCGGAGACAGGCAAGGACAUUUUAAGAUACAUUUAGCUUAGUUAUGUUUGAGACACACAGUCUCAGUUGAGAGGAAAGCUAUUUAAGAAAUGAAACAAUCGUUACUUGACUAUCCACAGUAUUGUUUGUUAAUAUUAGGCAGUUAAUAAUAUGUAACAUCAUAGUACAUAAUAGGGAAACUUAUUUAUUUUGGAGAAACAGCACUGUUGCAGUCAUAAUAAUCUGUAAUUAUUCUAAUGGAUGUUGGAUCUUUCUUUCAUCUGGAGUGGCAGGUUAUAGUAAACCUUGCCCGACCUAACUGCGUGUGCAGUUAUGACGUCUUUAGUAAUGUAGUGACCUCAUGAAAUGUCUGUACGCAUUGCUAAUGGCAAUAGAGGAAAUUAAGGUCAGUCUCUAAGGAUUGCAGGCAGGAUGUAGUUGCUUCUUUUUUUCCCUGCAAUUCUCCCUUCACCUUCUCUGUUUUAGGGUGCGUUUGUAAAUUGCCACUCCGAGUGCUCCGAGCACACUUAACUGUUUGUAAAUCUCAGAGUGAGUGCCCAGAGCGUGUCAGAUUGAAUUUACAAACGCAUCCUUAGUCUCUUCGCCUACCCAGUGACUAGGUCUUGUAACAAUUUCCCUGAUGAACCUUCUUUUAAAUGAGAUUAUGGCAACGCUAACCCAGAUGAUGGUAAUCAGACAUCUUGAUUGUGAUGUCUUUUACCUUUCACCACAUAUCGAGCCACAGAAUAUGGCUACAGAAUAUGAUAUUCAUAACUGAAUGUGAGGGAAUUUGUGUUGCAUGUAUGUUCGAUUUUACUGUGAAGUGUAUGUGUGAAUGACAAAGCACCUCCAGGAAGAGACUACCGUGUAAUCUGAUGGACAUUGCAUUGGAGAAGUGCUGUCAGGAAGCCUUUUUUUUUUUUUUUUGAAUAAGCUCAGAUAGAGAUGUGCAAAUAUCGUGCCAUUUUUGUCAUGCAGGUUUAUAAUAUCAUGCUUGAAGUUAUUACAUUUCCACCUAAAAAAACCUCGACUCUUAAGAUUGGGAAGUGUUGCCACAGAGAAGCUGCUACAAGUUGCUACACAAAUUACCCCGAUGAUGAUGAUUUUUAUGAACACACAAUCUGCUGUCUCCAGCAGUUUCAACCGUUUUUGGCUCGAAAACUUUACCGAUGGUGCUCACCUGUACUGUUUUCUUUCAAUGGAAUCACAUAAUCAGUAGUUUAGUAGUUUUAACACCUCCGACUGUCAUGUACGGCCCAUCAUCUUUGCUUUCUGUAGCACUUUGUCAGCCUAUUGAGGAAAUACCGUAUGCCACCAAAUGAUGUCUCCUUGAGAUCCUCAGUGUACAUUUUGUAAUUUAUACCUGUUGUGAUAUUUAUGUUAAAAUAUACAUGAUAUGAUUGAUGUAGGAAGUGUUACAACCCCGAGCUAUUUUGUAGUCUUGAUUUGCUGCUGUGGAUGGGAGCGGAUACCUGUCCUUGACCUGGAUUGUUUGUUUUUUUUUCCUUUGAUUUUUUUUUUUCUUCUCUUUUUGUUUGUUUUAUUGUUUUAUUUGAUAGGGAAAUUCAACUGAUGCUGAAUGUGUCUGAAAGAGAUUUGUGUAAGGCUCUUAAACUUUGAGCAUAAUAAAAUAAAUCAAAUAGAAGUUAAAGUA